AUGCUCUUCGAGGAGCUAAAAAAUAGUCCCGAAAAGCGUGAACGUUUACGAGGGGUCAUUCCGGCACUAGUAGCUGCUGCUGAGAAACAAAAUUUCGAUGAAUUUUGUGAGGGUUUCGUCAAGGAACGGGAGAAUUCAAUGGCACAACAACGCGCAAUGUUAGAUCCGUUGAGUGCCGAAGGUCAGAGGUUGAUUGCCGAACAGAUUCAACGUGCAAAUAUCGAUUUCUCACACCAAUUCGCAAUGGAGCACAUGCCCGAGGCGUACGUGCCUGUUACAAUGCUCUAUAUCAAUAUGAAAAUCAACGGUCAACCUGUUAAAGCCUUUGUUGAUUCUGGUAUUGUUCAUGGUGUGGGUGGCGUUCAGAAACUAGUUGGUAAAAUUCAUACCUGCCAAGUUCAAGUCGAAUCAAAUUUCUUUCCGUGUAAUUUUGAUGUACUCGCUGAUCGUGAUAUCGAUGUUUUACUUGGAUUGGAUAUUCUUAAGAGACAUGAAUGUGUGAUCGAUUUGAAAAAUAGAUGUUUACGCUUCGGUGACUCAACAGUGACAUCCUUCCUCAAUGAAGCUGAUAUUCCAAAGAGGGAUUUGGAUAAGGCUGCAUCGUCACCAUCAUCAUCUUCUGCAAACGCAUUGCUGAACAUUCUNGAAAACGGAGGUUACUGGUGUAGAUGCGCUCGGAGUGAGGAUUGCUUGAUUUCAGUGGAGGUUGAUAGUGCCAAAUUAGCGUCGUUGAUGUCUUUGGGUUUCGAAGAGGCUGCAUCACGAGCAAUGCUCAUUCAGUGUGGCAACGAUCUGGAAUUGGCUGCUGCGAACUUAUUGGCCAGACAAACAGCACAGUCCUAG